AUGGCUUUCCUUGGUGAAUUUCCGUGGCUAAAUUUUUAUGUUGCUUUUGCGGCAUUAAUGUUACAAGCAAUCUUUGUGAAUGCUGAUGAUAUCUAUCUAGAGUGGCAAGUAAAUAUUGACACCACCAUCAAACCUGUUUUAAUUGAUCAACCGGUCAUAACGAUUAAUGGGAUGUUUCCUGGGCCUCUUAUUAAUGCGACUACCAACGACAUUAUACAUGUUAAUGUAUUCAAUAACAUGGAUGAACCUCUUUUGAUCACCUGUUUCAGGAAUGGUAUACAACAAAGGCUCAACUCAUGGCAAGAUGGAGUGUCUGGUACGAACUGUCCGAUCCGACCCGGUUCUAGUUGGACUUAUGUAUUCACUGUAAAAGACCAAAUUGGCACCUUUUCUUACUUCCCCUCCAUCAACUUCCACAAGGCUGGUGGAGCUUUUGGCCCGAUCAGAGUCAAUCCACGGGUCAUAAUCCCAACUCCAUUUCCUAAACCACAUGGCGAGUUUGAUCUUCUUAUUGGAGAUUGGUACAACAACAGUUUUAAGGUACCACCACACAAACACUAUUGUAGUAUUGUAUCACGAUCGUCACAUUUUAUUUUCCCUAAAAUACGCAUGAAUUCUGAUAUCCGCUCGUCUUUGAACAAAUCGCUACUUCACCUACACCCGGACACAAUGCUCAUGAAUGGAAAUAGCCGUUACCCGCAAACAAAUCGAACCAUUGUUGUUGAGCAAGGGCACUUUUGUUAUCGUAAGAGGACUACACAGACAUUUUAUGACUAUUUUCAUGAUAAGAAUGAGAAAAACAUUCAUUGGUCUUUGUAUUCUUGUUCUGCCUCUCUACAACAAUUUUUUAAAUACACAGGUGAAACAUAUCUCAUAAGAAUAUCAAACGUUGGAACGGAACGGAGUAUCAAUUUCAGGAUCCAAAACCAUCCAAUGCUACUAGUUGAGACGGAGGGGUCAUAUAUAAGCCAAAUAAUAUUAGAUACGCUUGAUAUACAUGUAGGCCAAUCAUACUCCGUUUUGGUGACAACAAACCAACCCAAAGCUGACUAUUACAUGGUGGCAAGCCCUAAAAUGGUUAACACACCUGAAUCUAGCCAACUAAUCGGUGUUGGGGUGUUACAUUAUGACGACUCCACCACACCAGUCCAAGGUCCAUUACCUCGAGGACCUGAUCCAUUCGACCUUAACUUUUCAAUCAAUCAAGCAAAGUCAAUCAGGUGGAACUUGACGGCAGGGGCAGCAAGGCCAAACCCACAAGGAACAUUCAACGUAUCGAAUGUCACAUUAUCCCAAACGUUUAUUCUCCAAGGAUCAUUAGACGAAAUCAAUGGCAGUGCUCGUUACGCUGUUAACAAUGUGUCAUAUCGUGUUCCGGAUACUGCAUUGAAACUAGCGGAUUACUAUAAGAAUGGAACGGGAACUUACAAACUUGAUGCGUACUCGGCUAAUUCAUCUAACCCUGUUGCUAUUGAUGGUACUUUCGUUGUUUCUGGGGUUCACAACGGAUGGCUUGAAAUUGUGUUCAAGAACGAUAUGCUAGUUAUUGAUACAUGGCAUUUGGAUGGUUUCGGAUUCUAUGUUGUGGGGUUUGGUGCUGGAGAUUGGACUCCGAACAUGCGAUCAACGUACAAUCUUUAUGAUCCAGUAGUUCGAUCAACUGUUCAGGUUUACCCGGGAGGAUGGACGGCGGUUUAUGCAUACUUAGACAAUCCCGGAAUGUGGAACUUACGUUCACAGGUGUUGAAGCAUUGGUACUUGGGUCAAGAGCUCUACAUUCGGGUCUAUGACCCUGAUCCUAAUCCUGCUAAAGAACGACAACCACCAUCCAACAUUCUCUUUUGUGGAUCUGUUAUUCCUCCACCUGUGCCAACACCAACACCACCGACACCAGUGCCAGUUCCACCUGGUCCAAAGCCUUCCCCCUCCACCACGCUAACCAUAAACUGGUUUUCUAUUCUAUUGAUUUUUGUAUUUGCACUCCUUUAAAAGUAAAUGGGCAUUUGAUCGAAUGAUGGAAAAUUCACUGAGUGACUUCAAUAAGGUUAACUGAAGAUACGGUGUUUGAAUUUUGAUAUUAUUAUUUUUGACAAAAAGUGUCUUGUAUAUUUGAGAAAUUAUUGCCAUUGAGUAGAAACUAUGUUUAAUUACUCAAGCUCACUAGAACUAUAAAAGUAGCCAAGUUAAAGAUUGAAAAGUGUGAGGCUAAAGCUAUUAAUUAUACAUGGCAAAUCCAAGCAUAAUCCUUAA